CGGUUUUCUACCUUGGAGCAAGAAUCUCUUCCUUAGGCAUGGUGGCUUCUAGAGCAGUUUACAUUUUUUCCCCUACAGAGCCACCUAGUUAAAAAUGCGACUCUGUCCAGGAACACAGAAAAAAAGGUUGACCGCGUUUCUUCCCCCGUAAGCUUUCUGGAGCCGGUGCUCAUUUCCAGUAGCUGCCGUCAGAGAAGACGACUCGGCAGCGUUGUUGUGUUUUGCACCGCACAUGGCCGGGAUGAUGCGAGGACCUUUGCUGGAUACCGUUAGGAAUAAAACAGUGGCCACUAAACUUUUCUCUCUUAGCGGGCUGUUUGCUGUGCAUAAGCCCAAAGGCCCCACUUCAGCAGAUGUACUGAACCAUCUUCAGGCGAAGCUGUUGGAAGAAGCUGGUUUACCAAAGCCUCGUAGGAAGACGAAGAACCAUAUUCUAAAGAUUGGACAUGGUGGGAUUCUAGAUAGUGCUGCUACUGGAGUACUAGACUCCACUUCAGAAUCUCCAGGCAUUUCCCAACCUGGAAGUGGCAACCAAAUCUUCCUCAAGGGCCAUAAUAGCCUAGGGAAAGUGCCCUCCCCCUGCCUCCUAUGGUCACAAUCAAGCCUGGUAUGCUUUGGCAGCCUAGCAACAACCACUGAGGGAAUCUAUUGUUUAAAGCUACAGAAGUAUACAACCAUUGGACAGCUGGGAAAGGCAACUGACACAUUUGACUCUUCAGGAAAAGUAACAGAAGAAAGACCUUAUCAUCAGAUAACAAAAGAAGAUCUUGAAAAUGUUUUGCAGAAGUUCACAGGGAGCAUCAUGCAAGUUCCUCCGAUUUAUUCUGCCCUGAAGAAAGAUGGACAGAGGUUGUCAACGCUGGUUAAAAGAGGAGAAGUUGUGGAAGCAAAGCCUGCCAGGCCAGUUAUAGUGUACAGUCUUUCUCUCAGAAAGUUCAAGCCGCCCUUGUUCACACUUGAUGUUGAAUGUGGCGGUGGCUUUUAUGUCCGAAGCUUGGUCAAUGACAUUGGCAGAGAGCUCUCAUCCUGUGCCUCUGUUCAGGAGCUGACACGAACAAAACAGGGGCCAUUUACCUUGGAAGAACAUGCUCUUUAUGAAGACAAAUGGACAAUUGAUGAAAUUGCCCAAUCCCUGAAGCAUUGCAUGCUUCUUCUCUCAGUAGAACCAUCUCGUAAAAAAUUAAAGACAGAGCUGUCUGAAGAACACACCGUGAGCUGUGAAGAUAAGUGAUAAGUCAGGUCAAGGAAAAAGACUGAAUGACUGAGAUGUUUUAAGAUUGCUGUGGGAUUGUCUUGUCUUCCCUGUAAAUUUACAGUCCUAUGCGUAGAGGAUGACAAAUUACAAUGCAUUGAAAAUGAUAGCUUUCUCUCUUUUCUGUUCAUGCCGAAACAAACACAAGAAAAUGUCCAGCAUUUUUUGUUUCCUUUUGUAUCUCUAGGUUGCAUUGCAAAUGUAUUUGUCUGGACUCCUUGAUUCACCCUUACAGGAUUUUAAAAAAAAAUUCAAUUCCUUAUUUACUGGAGGUCAUUUUGAGCUUUGCUAAAUGGGUUCAGAUGUCAUGAUUGGAAACAAAAUUUGUUAACUACGUUUAACUACAUUAUGAUUGAUUUCAAGUAUUGGAAUGUUGUCCGAAUAUAAUUACAUACACACAUAUAAUUACAUACACAAGGAGCCGAAACAGUGUAGUUUCUUUUCUCCCACCUCCCAGGUUUUUUGAAGAAAAAUUAUUUUACUCCCCAUGAAAUGAGUUUUCUAAGAGGAAUGCCUUUCUGGAUCUUCUGGACAAAAUAAUCUUAUUUUAUGAUACCAAUUCCAAAGAUCUCAGUUUGAGAUAACUACAGUAAGUGUCCCUUUUAAAAUACAUUGAUGUGAAAAUGUGAACAUGUCCCUGUGCAUUUUAAAAGAAAUAACUGGAUAUUACCACUGUGCAUUUUGUUGCAUGAAAGAAUUCAUGGACCAGAAUUUUGAAAUGCCCAUUGCCAUAGUGAUGAGCAACAGGAUUUACAUAAGUUUUAGUGAGACAGUUCUGUUGGUUGCUGUGGUAAAAAAAACCAAGGUGUUCCAUUUUCCUCAGAUAAGAAAGUUCUACAGUGAUUAAGGUUGCAAAUCUUCACACCUUAAUGAGGAAUCUGUCCUUUUCCAGUUAUUUUUCUCCAUCUAAUAAAAGAAUUUCAACCAAUUGAUUUUUUAAAUUGUUCAUUAUCAUGUCUAUCUCUCAGCAGAGAAGGGUGAUGAAAGCAGUUUCGCUCCCCAAACCAGGGAUAGUUAGCAGAGAGGCAGCCACCACUUCGCAAACCUAACUAGCCGCUCCUGAGAUGUUGCUUUCAAAGCACAAAGCACAUGGGAAUUAUUCUUAUUUGUAGAAUGUUUUUCAAGCACCCAAGAGUUCAAAUAAGAACAUAAACCACUUUCUGGAUAAGACCAGUAGACUAUGUAGUCCAGCAUCCAGUCUCACACAGUGGUCAACCAGUCAACCUCUGGAGGGCCAACAACAGCAUAGGAGCUGAGGCCUUUCCUGAUCUUAUUCAGAGGUUUACAACCUCUGAACAUGGAGGUUCCCUUUAGUCACCAUGGAUAGUAGCCACUGAUAGACCUCCAUGAAUAUUCUCCACGAAUUUAUCCAAUUCCUUUUUACAGCUGUCUAUGCCUAUGGCCAUCAAUUCAUCUUCUGUCAACUAAUUGCACAUUUUAAUUACUCUCUGUGUAAAGAAGUAUUUCCUUUUGACCAUCCCAAAUCUACUGCCCAUCAGCUUCACUGGAGACCCUUGAGUUCUAGCAGAAAGGGCAGGCUGAUGUGGAUGGAAUCCUCUGUGUGUGUGAAAGGAUACACCUGAUGUCUAGUCAGUGAAAGCCUAUUUGUAACCAUAAGAGUUAAAGAGAAUUCACUACACAAUAAUACCAUAUAAUUCAGUAAAGGUUGGAAUGUGUGGCGACAACUCACUGCCAGCCAAUUGCAAUGCAGAGAAGUCUUGGCCAAUCCCAAUUCAGAGAAGCUUUGGGACUCAGAUGAGCUGAUGGCCAGUGCCCCCCACUUCUCCUGUCAGCAUCGCCAGGAGCCCAAAGGACCACCGCUGUAGCCAGGCCAGGCAAGAAGACGACGCUGGGCUGGUUGACCCCCUCCCAUCUUUCUUGCCUGCCUGAUGAAGCAGGAAGCAUUUAACCUCCUGCAUGUGGAUGGACCAUGGAGAGCAGUGGGCAGGUGACGGCUUUCUGGUGGGGCUGGGCUAAGGGGGGAAGAAAAGCAGGAGGGGUUACCCCCCUUGGUGGACGCCCUUAACCAACAAAGUUUUCUAGUACCCAUUGUAUUUCUUCAUUCAAUGGGUUUUACUGCUAGUCUGUACAUAAAUAUUCAUUGUUGUUUUGUUGAACUUUCCUCUUCAGUGAUUUCCAUCCUCUUCAUGCUCAAGAGAAAAUGUACUUCACCAACCCAAAGUCUUUAUAUUUGCUACCUAAGAACAUCUUGUAACUAAGGGGGAGGCUCAUAUCUCAAAGCCAGCCUGGUCCCCACAAACCAUACAAAGCUGUGUGGAUUCCCUCAGUUUAAAGAAAGGACCUUUCAGCAAGCUGUUCAGGCAUUUGAUUGGUGAUAAUUGAAGGCUUUUUUGACCUCACUAUACAGAGCAAAUACCUUCAGUACAUUUCCUCAGUUUGGAUAUGGUGCAGAAGAAAUGAUGUUUGUACAUGUAAGCCUGGGCAGUAAGUACUUUAUGGAUGUAGUAACUUCUUCAGAGAUAAAAAUGGGUACUAACCUUUUUAUGUGCUGCUGCUUCAGCUUUAACAUGUGAUGUGGAUCUGAGUACAUUUUCCAUCUAUACAAUUACUUUUAAUAGGAGACAUGCAUAAAGUCUAGUUGGCAGUGAAACAAUAAAUGCAUAUUUUUCCAGAGAGAGGUUUAUGCUAUGUGCUUCAAAGAAUGCUAAUAAUCUGGUCGAAGUUACUUUUCUUAAGGAAAGGAUUCUUGCCUUACAAGUGACAGAUGGAUAAAUUCAAAUAUGUAUGUACAUAAUAUUAUACAGAAACAGCAUUGUAUGUAGAUUCAAAUGAGAAUUUGAAAGCUGUGCAGAGUAGACUAUGCAUUUAAACUCUGGAAAAACAUUAAUUGUAUAUAGUUACAUUAGUAGUAUGGUUUAUACCAUCUGAAAUCCUACUAUUAAUAUGUACUCACAGCAUUACUGAUGCUUGCUUCAUCAGUUACCUUAAUAUGAAUGACUAAAAUUGCAUUGAAUUUGCUGUCCUGUUCCCAGGCACACAUUCACACACACAGUCCGGUUUCAGCUGUCAAGGUCCAGUUCCAGGGAUCAAGCACAGAAAGUUCCACAAACUGACAGUGGUCAGUCCAAGGGUAAUCCGAAAUCACGUAAAUCCAGAGAUCCAAACCAAGGUCAAAACACAGCAGUCUUUUCCUAGCAGGAGCAACAAGGUCAGUAGUAAACAGAUGUGUUGCUUCCACACAGCUACACCCUUGCUGGCUGCCUCAAACCACCUCCUGCAAACAUGCAUCCUUGCUGUCACCACUUGGCCAGUGCUGGACUACCAGGUGUGCACUUUGCCUCCUUUCCUGUAGGAUGCUGUGGGUUCUGCUCCCAUGCUAUUCCCUGAAGCUCUGAUGACGAGGGAGGUGAGCAGGCUGACAGCUGGCUUUCCACAGCUCAGAGCUGGGGAGCUGAGGGGUCACUGUGCUGGUUCCUGGCUGAAGGUUUGAAUCUCGUCUGACACCAUGUGGGCUGCUUCUUCCUGUGAUGCUUCUGCCUCUCACUGUGGAUAGGAACCAGGGCUGCUGGCUGACUCUCCAUCAGACUACUGGACCUGGCUGGUCCAUUACAUUUGCUGUUGUCACUGGAGAAAAGGUUCACUUUUUAAAAAGUAAUUGUCUUUAUGGUUUAAGGGAAGUAAAGUUCAGACUCACAUUCAACAAGUUACUUGCAUGGCCAACUAUGGUGCCUUUGGCCUGUGCAAUCCUUUAUUUCCUGUUUGCCUUUCAGAAGCAAAAUAAUGGCCUGUGAAAGUGCUCUUCUACCCCUCGUGUCACAAAUAUCCAAGGGAAAAAUAUUUAGUACAUACUUUCUCUGAAUACUUUGAAGCAAUUGGACCCAUUGAAUCAAUGAUAUCAUUUUAUAUUGCCACAGUUUCCUUCUAGAUGAGGGCCUGGGUGAGAUUUUGUGAGAUUUAAAUCCCAGUCUACAAAAAUAUAUCUGUAAUAUACCUCAAUAAAGCAACCGGUCAUUCUAGUUUAGAAGAAUAAAUAAUUUGACCAAUGAGUUGUGGUAAGUAGAUGUUGCAUUGUUUUGCUGGCAUUAUACAUAUCAGGAACAUGUAUUUAAAAACGUGUUAAAACAUACUGGAUACAAAUGGCUGGAAGCUACCUGCAGCAUAUGCAUCUGUCAUGUUGCUUCUGUGUUUGUGGAAGAUCUGUCUGUCCAAGAAACUUGAAUGCAACUUGGAUUUAUUACAAUCCCUCUCUUGUUGGCAUAAUGCUACUGUUGUACCUCAUCUUUGCAAACUGAAGCCUUGUGCUUAUGAUUGAUUUUUUUAAACUUCAUUUUGUCUUUUUCUGUUGGUAGUACUACUAUUUGCAUAUAUAAAAAUGUUCGUGUGACUAAGCACAUAAAGCACAUAAUAUACAGAAAGUUCAUCAUUAAUCGCUGUUUUGUAACAUAGGUUUAUACUGGAAGAUUCGAAUAAUUAACUAUUUCUGUGCCCAUGGGCAGAAAAGUCACUGCCUACCCAGUGGUUUGAUCAUAUCCAUGUGAUUUUUACCCUAAGGUCAUAACUUCUCCAAGCUGUGACAUGUUUUCCAAUGCAUUGUCGAAGGCUUUCACGGCCGGAAUCACUUGGGUGCUGUGUGGUUUCCGGGCUGUAUGGCCGUGUUCUAGCAGCAUUCUCUCCUGACGUUUUCCAAUGCAGUUUGCAUGCAUCCCUGAUUAAAAGGCUUUCCUGUUUGGUCCCUGUGAACAGACUCUUUCCAGACACUGCUUUUGAUGAAAUAUCCAACAUGUAGCAUGAAUUACGGUUGGUUCUCUUUGUCCAAAAUUGGAAUCUAUCUGAAUGGAAAGUUUAUUGCAGAGCAUAGCAUGCAGAAGGGUUUUGGUCACAGAAGAUAAGGAAAUUGGAGCAUCUGUACUUUUUUAUAAUGAUGUUCCUGGACACCUAUUUUAAGUCCCACAUAACUAGAUGCAAGAUUGCAGAAAAUAAUUUUGCUGGUGUGUUGUAAAACAAGUAAAUCCAAAGGCUUUCCGUAUACAGAUUUGGAAGUCAUAAAGACUGAAAAUAAAGAAGAACAAAAUGUUCUAUACAACCCUUCCUUUUCCUGUAUAACACUGUGGGUCUUUUGAAAUACACACUGUGUCUAAAA